CGCUCUGUAGCGGGGCCGGCGCGCAAGGUCGGAGGUCGUGGGGCGGGGCCGGCGUUAUUGCCGUCUUCUCUGUCUCAGCAAUCUUGAGCGUUCGGUGCCUCGUGUCCCGUGUCCCACGCCCCGCGCCCCGCGCGCGUGUGGAGCCGGCUGCGAGUCUGCGGGCACCGUCCGGCCGCCGAGGAUGGCCUUGAGCGAGGAGCCGGCCGUGGGCGCCGUGGAGGAUCCGGUGGAGGACCGGGCGGAGGAUGCGGCGGAGGACGCGGCGCUGGCCUGCUGCGCCUCUCUCGAGUCGUUCGCCGAGAGCGCGGAGACGAAGGAGCUGCUCGGCCACCUACCGGCGGUGCUUGGAGACCGCGCGGCCCGGGAGGGCGCCCUGGAGCGGUUCCGCGUAAUAAUGGACAAAUAUCAGGAGCAGCCUCACCUGUUGGACCCACACCUAGAAUGGAUGAUGAACUUGUUGUUGGAAUUUGUGCAAGAUAAGAAAUCUCCGGCUGACCUCGUACAUCUGGCUUUUAAAUUUCUUUACAUCAUCACCAAGGUUCGAGGAUAUAAAACAUUUCUUCGUUUAUUUCCACACGAAGUAGCUGAUGUGCACCCUGUUUUGGAUAUGUUUACAGAUCAGAAUCCUAAAGACCAUGAAACCUGGGAGACCCGCUACAUUCUCCUCCUGUGGCUCUCCGUGACCUGCCUGAUCCCGUUUGAUUUUUCACGCCUUGACGGCAACCUCCACAAUCAGCCUGGGCAAGAGCGAGUGUCCACCAUGGACCGUAUCCUCCAGAUAGCAGAGUCCUACCUGGUCGUCAGCGACAAGGCCCAAGACGCAGCUGCUGUCCUCGUGUCCAAGUUUGUCACGCGGCCCGACGUUAAGCAGAAGAAGAUGGCGAGUUUCCUGGACUGGAGCCUAUGCACUUUGGCCUGCUCCUCCUUCCAGACCAUCGAGGGGGUCAUCGCCAUGGACGGGAUGCUGCAGGCCCUGGCACAAAUAUUUAAGCAUGGAAAACGUGAAGACUGUUUACCCUACGCUGCCACCGUUCUCCAGUGCCUGGACAACUGCAGGCUCCCCGACAGCAACCAGACCCUGCUCCGGAAGCUUGGGGUGAAGCUUGUGCAGCGGCUGGGCCUGACCUUCCUGAAGCCCCAGGUGGCCAAGUGGAGGUACCAGCGUGGCUGCCGCUCCUUGGUUGCGGGCCUGCAGCUGAGUGUCCAGAGUCCUAGAGAUCCAGGGAUACAGACCGAGACCCCUGACAGCGACGGAGAGGACGACGUCCCCGAGGAGGUGGAGAGCGUGAUAGAGCAGCUGCUGGUUGGGCUGAAGGACAAGGACACGAUUGUGCGGUGGUCUGCGGCCAAAGGAAUCGGUAGGUUGGCUGGAAGACUUCCCAAAGAGCUGGCGGAUGAUGUGGCCGGGUCUGUGCUGGACUGUUUCAGUUUCCAGGAGACAGACAACGCCUGGCAUGGCGGGUGUCUGGCGCUGGCGGAACUGAGCAGACGAGGCCUGUUGCUCCCUUCCCGACUCCCGGACGUUGUCACCGUGAUCCUGAAGGCGCUGACAUACGAGGAGAAGCGGGGCGCCUGCAGCGUGGGCUCCAACGUCAGGGACGCCGCCUGCUAUGUGUGCUGGGCCUUCGCACGGGCCUACGAGCCUCAGGAACUGAAGCCCUUCGUGGCCGCAAUCUCAAGCGCACUGGUGAUCGCUGCCGUGUUUGACCGAGAUGUAAACUGCAGGAGAGCAGCCUCGGCUGCUUUCCAGGAGAACGUGGGAAGACAGGGCACUUUCCCUCAUGGGAUUGAUAUUUUGACCACAGCUGACUACUUUACUGUUGGUAACAGAUCUAACUGUUUCCUGGUUAUAAGCACGUUUAUUGCCGGCUUUCCUGAAUACACACAACCAAUGAUAGACCACCUGGUUACCAUGAAGAUAAACCAUUGGGAUGGGGCCAUCAGGGAGCUGUCGGCCAAGGCACUGCGGAACCUGGCUCAGCGAGCACCCGAGCACAGCACCCGUCAUGUUUUCCCGCGUCUGCUGUCGAUGACACAGAGUCCAGACCUACACACUCGGCACGGGGCUGUGCUCGCCUGCGCAGAGGUCACCCACAGCCUGUACACACUGGCCGUGCAACAGGGCAGGCCCGUCUCGGACUUCCUAGACGAGAAGGCCGUGCAGGGCCUGAAGCAGAUCCACCAGCAGCUUUAUGAUCGUCAGUUAUACAGGGGUCUGGGAGGAGAACUCAUGAGACAAGCAGUGUGCAUUUUAAUAGAAAACUUGUCCCUUUCCAAAAUGCCCUUCAGAGGUGACGCUGUGAUCGAUGGUUGGCAGUGGCUGAUAAACGACACCUUGAGAAACCUUCACCUCAUUUCAAGUCACUCUCGGCAACGGAUAAAGGAGGCGGCUGUGUCGGCCCUGGCCGCCCUCUGCAGCGAGUACUACUCUGGGGAGGCGGACUCCACCGUGCAGGAGGAGCUGGUAAAGCAGUAUCUCGCCGAACUUCAGAGCCCCGAGGAGAUGGCUCGCUGUGGCUUCGCCCUGGCCUUGGGUGCCCUGCCGGCCUUUGUCCUGAAGGGCCGGCUCCGGCAGGUUCUAGCAGGCUUGAGGGCUGUUACCCACAUUUCUCCCGAGGACGUGAGCUUUGCCGAGUCCAGGCGGGAUGCUUUGAAGGCAAUUUCUAGGAUUUGCCAGACUGUCGGUGUGCAAGCAGAAGGGACUCCAGACGAGGUUGUGUGCAGAGAGGACGUUGCCCAGGUUUACUGCACGUUGCUGGGCUGUCUGAGCGAUUACACCACCGACAGCCGCGGGGACGUGGGAGCAUGGGUCCGCGAGGCUGCCAUGACGAGUCUUACGGACCUGACUCUUCUGCUGGCAAGGGACCAGCCAGAGCUGAUCGAGGCCCCGGUCUGCCAGCGGGUCAUGUGCUGCUUAGCCCAGCAGGCGAGUGAGAAGAUCGACCGGUUCCGGGCACAUGCAGCCCGUGCGUUCCUGGCGCUGCUGCACUGGGACGGCCCCGCCGUCCCCCACGUGCCCCACCGGCAGGAGCUGGAGAGGCUUUUCCCCAGGUCUGCUGUGGCCUCUGUGAACUGGGGCGCGCCGUCGCAGGCCUUCCCUCGCGUGGCCCGGCUCCUGGGGCUGCCUGCUUACCGCUACCACGUGCUGCUGGGGCUGGCCGUGUCCGUGGGCGGCCUGACCGAGUCCACGGUCAGGUACUCAACACAGGGCCUCUUUGAGUACAUGAAGGGGAUUCAGAACGACCCGCAAGCCCUGGAGGACUUCACUGGGACCCUUCUGCAGGUCUUUGAGGACAGCCUUCUGAACGACAGGGUGUCUGUGCCGCUGCUAAAGACGCUGGAUCAGAUGCUAGCCAACGGCUGCUUCGCCAUCUUCACCGCCGAGGAGAACCACCCCUUCUGUGUGAAGCUGCUCGCGCUUUGUAAGGAGGAGAUCAAGAAGUCCAAAGACGUCCAGAAACUGAGGUCCAGCAUCGCGGUGUUCUGUGGGCUGGUGCAGUUCCCCGGAGACGUGAGGAGGAAGGUCCUCCUGCAGCUCUUCCUCCUGCUCUGCCACCCUUUCCCCGUGAUCCGGAAGAGCACAGCCAGCCAGGUGUAUGAGAUGGUGCUGACCUACGAUGUGGUGGCCGCGGACAUCCUAGAUGAGGUCAUGGCUGUGCUCAACUGCACGGCCUGGGAUGCAGAGCUCCCGGUCGUGAGAGCCCAGCGGAACCGCCUGUGUGACCUCCUGGGCGUGCCCAGACCUCAGCUCGUCCCCAAGCCCAGUGUCCGCUGAGGCCAGUCCGGGAAGCUGAGUCCUUGCCUCUGCCUGCCUGGGAGGAGGAGCCCGGGCAUGGUCGGCAUGGAAGACCUGGACGGACGGCGGCGGUCUGGCUGGUGCGUGUGAGGGACCUGGAGUUCGUCACCUGGAGGUGGCGUUUCCUUCCAUGCAUCCUGUGCCACAGUGACCUGGGCUGUUGGUGCAUUUGUCCUAUCUCUAACCUGUGUCUUACUUAUAAAAUCACGUGCUGAGCAGCUCUG